AUGCCCACCAUCAACGUUGCCGCCACCGUCCCCAUCAAUCCUCCCAACACCACACCCCUCACCCACGGCCAAGUUUGGGCCGGUCUACGCCGCAAGAUCCGCACCCCAAGGGACUUUGUCCCCGUCAUCAAGAACUGCGAUAUUAUCAGUGACGAAAAUGGCCUGGUGAGCAGACGUGUUGUCUUUGAAGGUGGAAAAACUGUCAUGGAGACGUGUAGGGAAUAUGCGCCGAAUAGGAUUCAUUUCACUGUGGAUGACGGGUCGGAGGUCCAGAAUGUUAUUAGUCUGGGACAGGAUGGGAAUCUGUACUUGACGUAUUCGUUUUCGUGGAAGCUUGAGGGGGUUGUGGAUGGGGGCGAGACAUUUCAGGAGGAGGAAGCGAAGAAUCAAAAUAUGGCUAUUGCGGCAGUGACAAAGAGCAUUGAGGCCAUACGGGAGAUGGUGGCUGAUGGAAGAAUUCAAUAA